AUGGCGCGAUCACCGAGUCAUCUGGCAGUAGCGCUCAGCAUCCAUCCAGGACAUUCGCUUGUCAAUCCACUGGUAGCAGUGCCCGCCGAAAGCACGCCAGGGCGGCGGGCAGUACGGUGCACUGCAUCCAAAAACUACGGAAACUUUCAGCAGUGUAUGACGUCAUCCAUUGGUCUGCUUGAGAUACUAAAAUGUGACCAAGGUGAUGUGAAUGUCCUUUGGUUUGAGGAGACGCAUCGGUUAAAAGGCCUCAUCCUGUAUGAGGCGAUGGUGGAUUCAUUAGACCGACAGCGGCAGUUGUUUGCAGCCUGUGAGCAUGGAGAUUUAGCCUCGGUGCAGGCCCUUCUAGACCAAGAUGCCAGCGGAUGCGUGGAUGCCGACGGGGGCGAAGGCUUCACCCCUUUACAGAUGGCCGCAGGGAACGGCCACGAAGACAUCGUCCGGCUACUGCUCAUGCGGGGCGCUUCGCUGGACAGGCAAAACCUGUACGGAUGGACAGCCCUCAUGCAGGCUGCCAGUCACGGCCACGCGAGCAUUGUUGCGCUCCUGCUGCAAAACAAAGCAGAUCCCAACGUCAGGAACAAGUUUGGCGCCACCGCGCUGACCGCUGCGGCGCACUACGGUCACCUAUCCUCUGUGAAGGUCUUACUCGGUUGCGGAUUCAUUGAUUUGAACGAGAAGGAGGGGGCUAACGUAGGCCAGGCUUUCACCCCGCUCAUGGUGGCAGCCCUGAGUGGGCGGGACCCGGUUUUAAAAAUGCUCCUGGACAAGGGGGCGGAUCAGUUCCAGGUGCACCGACAAACGGGAUGGACGCCGUUGAUGAUGGGAGCAUUGUGCGGCCACACCAGCAUUGCUGAGAUACUGAUCGAGACUCGGGGAUGCGAUCCCGACGUGACCAAUACCUUGGACAAAACUGCCCUGGAGAUUGCAAUACUAGGGAAUCAUCGAGAUGUACAGAAUUAUCUGGAUCGCAGGACAUCCAACAGACCAAGAAUUUCAACAGAAAAUAGCAAGCCAAAGAUAAUCGAAGCCACAGAAGCAGGCGACAUAAAACUCGUCCAGCUCAUUCUGGACGGGGAUCCAAAACAGUGCAAUAAGUUGUCACCAGAGGGCGCUGCACCUCUGAUGGUAGCCGCCAUGAUCGGCCGAGGGGACAUUGCCGAGCUGCUGGUACAGCGCGGUGCCGAUGUCAACAUGCAGGACGCCAAGAGUGGAUGGACGGCCCUCAUGCAGGCCACAUUUCAUAGGAGGAAGGAGUUGGUGAAGUACCUGAUAGAUGCAGGGGCUGACGUCAACAUACAGGCUAAGGAUGGCUGCAAGGCACUAGACCUGGCGUUGGUCAUAGUCAUGAAUGAGAAUGAAAAAUCCGACAAUGAACUCAUAUCCCUUCUGGCUGCCAUCACCAUGCCGACCAAGAACAACAAAGCGGUCAAAGGUCACAGUGUGGGGUCGUCGACCUGGUCUACUAAGACCAGCAUGAGUCAACUAAGUGAAGACUCGCAAAGGAAUGGUCUAAAGGCAUGGUGGUCACGCAUGUCCAACCGCUUUCGUAAUCUGAAGCUCUCUCGCACCUUGAGGGCGGGCUUGUCGUCCACGCCCCUGACGCCCUUUGAGGAUGAGAACCACCUCUCGCCCAGUGCGACACUGAAGGUAUCCCAGGAUGCAGUCGUCAAGACGGCCCCGGAGGAUGAUGGGAGGAAUCGGAGGAAGAGCAGCCGAGAGGGGGGUUCGGAGCUGAACCGAUCCCGCAACAGUGUUGGGCGUGAUAGUGGUCUUGAUGUCAGCAUGCAGUCUACACAAUCCAUGUCCAUCAUGUCACCAUCCAGCCAGCAGCCUAGUGACAAGCUUCUCCCUGUAGUCCCUCCGUUCUUGCCGCCUCCCAGCUUUGAGUUGCACACUGCUGAUAGGUCCAGACGAUCCCACCACACCCCCAAAGCCUCACUGACGAAGCUUGCUAAUGGCCAGGGUGUAGGAGCCACCAGACCCAGAGGCCGGCCACCCACCAAGCUCAUGUUCUCUCGCCGGUCAGCGAGCACCAGUGGGAUCAGUCCGUCCAAUUCAGCCCAUCUGAGUGCCACGGCCAGCCCCGACUCCUCCGCUGAGGCCGGUACGUUGAGCAAGGCAUUGGUGAACGCGAGGAGAACCAGUCUCAACUUAAGGGAGGUGGCUGGUACGUCCAAACUGAGUUCAGUUGCCGAGCCGUUGUUUACCCCAGUGUCAUCCCACUCGAUCAGACAUUCAUCUUCCAACCGAGAACCGUCCAUCCAACAACCAUCUACCAGCACACAGCAUGCAAGGUUGCCCCCACUGCCCGUCACUCCACCAAAUGCCAAUCCAGCUAGUGCGAGCUCGGCCUCCUCUACCAUAUCCGGCCCACUGACCCAGUCCAAGCCCCGCCCAGUCAGUGGGAUGUCCCGCAGCACCUCCCCCACCCUGACCCCUUCCCCGUCCCCCACCCCUAAAGUGACAGGCAGGGUGGUGCAUGCCGGACCGCACCCUGGCGACAUCAUCAAGGUAGGAGACAGGAGCUCCUCUCCUACGCAGAAGAAGACAAGUUCAAGCAGCGGAAUCAGUGAGGACGAUGAGUUGUCCGCUCUGUUUAGAAAGCUGUCUUUGGAGAAAUAUGCACCAAUAUUUGAAGAACAAGAGGUUGACAUGGAAGCCUUCCUCACCCUCAAUGAGUCAGACCUCAAGGAGAUGGGCAUAGCCACGACAGAGCCUCUGCAGCAGAUACUGGGUGCCAUCACGGAGCUGAACGACACAAAGUAUGUCAGGAAAUAUCCCCUGCCUGACAGGUCAGUAGAGGUAGGAUAUAACAUGGGCUCAAUGACUUCUAGGAAGGACUUCAGCUACUGACAGCAACUAUGUCAGGAAAUAUCCCCUGCCUGACAGGUCAGUAGAGGUAGGAUAUAACAUGGGUUCAAUGACUUCCAGGAAGGACUUCAGCUACUGACAGCAAGUACGUCAGGAAAUAUCCCCUGCCUGACAGGUCAGUAGUGGUAGGAUAUAACAUGGGUUCAAUGACUUCCAGGAAGGACUUCAGCUACUGACAGCAAGUACGUCAGGAAAUAUCCCCUGCCUGACAGGUCAGUAGAGGUAGGAUAUAACAUGGGUUCAAUGACUUCCAGGAAGGACUUCAGCUACUGACAGCAAGUAUGUCAGGAAAUAUCCCCUGCCUGACGGGUCAGUAGCGGUAGGAUAUAACAUGGGCUCAAUGACUUCCAGGAAGGACUUCAGCUACUGACAGCAAGUACGUCAGGAAAUAUCCCCUGCCUGACAGGUCAGUAGCGGUAGGAUAUAACAUGGGUUCAAUGACUUCCAGGAAGGACUUCAGCUACUGACAGCAAGUACGUCAGAAAAUAUCCCCUGCCUGACAGGUCAUUAGCGGUAGGAUACAACAUGGGUUCAAUGACUUCCAGGAAGGACUUCAGCUACUGAGUGGAUAAGCUCGUCGGUGGAGUUCAACGUUAAAACGCCACUAACCGUAAGCCAAAAAAUCGUUGCUAACUGCAUCGGAAAAGUCUGCAAGAGGUAACAAGGCAUUUUGAUUUGUGCUCAUGCUUACAUCUUGUAACUAUGGAUUUGUUACAUGUAACAAAGAACACCGGCUGAGGUACCUGCAGCUAAUAGGAUUUAUUGAGUGGAUGCUGGGACUCGGGCUUUGCUAGAAUCUUUCGUAUUUUUCUUUUUUUAACACUGCCUGUUUUCAAACAGUUUCUAGGGCUUGUGAGUGAUUGUUUGCAAAAACAAACAAGUUGGAAGUACAGGAAAUUCAUCCAUUAUGAAAUUUCUUAAGGAAUUACAGAAGAAAAAAUAGACAAGAUGCAAGAACAUUUUGUGAAAUAUGAGGCGUUGAACAGAAAAUUAUAAACUCAGUGCAGAGGUGGCCCUCAUUAAUUUUAUGUAAAGAGUACUCUGUGCCAUUUGUACACCAACCAGUGUGUGGGCACAUUUGAUAUCUUGACCUUCACAUACUACUGCGAUUUGUGAGACAUAGGGAUAAACAGUUGAUGAAUAAGGGGAUAAUGUACAUGUAGGUUCACAAUACAUGUAUUUACUAUGAUACAAAUUGUAUCGUUAUCUUUGUAAUGUGAUACAUAUAUUUUAAACAGCGGCAUUGUUACAUACCUAGUGAAAAGGCAUAAAAUGCUAACACGGAGUCCAUAUUAUUAGUUUAAAGUGUUUUUCAGUUUCUUCACAAUUUUUUUUGUUAUGCUUACUGCAUAUAACACAAAACAAGUGCUGCAACACUUACUUUUAUUUUGUAUGUAUGAAUAUGUAUACAUGUACAUAUAUAUUUCUGUUUCAAACAACCAGUGAAUCAUUUUGUAUUACUGAAGUUUAGAUUUAUAUACUUAGUACCAGUUUCCAAAGCUGUAUUUUUAGUACAUUGUAGUUAGUAUAGGAUUUUGUAUUUAUUUUUUUGUACUGUAAAUUAUUCGUAAGUACUCGUCUUCAGCAUUCUAAAUCAACUAUUUAUUUGUUUCCUAAUAUCUUUUCUACCUCGGAUAAGAAAACAACAUUUGUUUUCAUGUUUUAUAUGCAAAAACCGCAUUCUUGGAGUGGGAUGUGCAUACAAGGUAAUAUUAAUAAGCGUAAAUGAAAAUUUAACAAUUUUUAGCAAUCUCAACCGUUCAAGAUUGCAAAAAACUUCUAAAAUAACAAAUAAAAUAUUUAAAUUUUUCAAGCGACCAACAAAUAACUAUAACAAGGGACAAGUAUAAUCUAAACAAAAUUGAACAAAUGAACAAUACAAAUAACCAGUCAUGUUGGCUUUGAAGGUAAUGUCAGUUGCUUUUGCAUCAAUUUCAGAAAUGGAUAGAUUUGGGGGUUAGUAUUUUAUAGCAAAUAUUGGUUACACUGAGCUGCUUAAAGUUUUGUGGUCAUAGAUGCUGAAG